UCUCCCUCUUAUAUAAGUGGCUACAUAUUCUUGUAUCCCCACCUUCUUCUUCUUCUUCUUCCUCUCUCUCUCUCUCUCUGGGUUGAAACAUGGGUAGAGCUCACAGGUCAUUGCUGCUCAUAGUCUUCUGCUUUCUCGUUGUGUUUGAGACAGCUGUUUACAGUGGAGGGCGGUUGACAGUUCAAGGAAUCGAUUGUGGAGGGAAGUGCAACUACAGAUGCAGUAAGGCGUCAAGGCAUAAGAUAUGCAUAAGGGCUUGCAACACAUGCUGCAGCCGGUGUGGAUGUGUGCCACCAGGGACUUCUGGGAACACUGAUACUUGCCCUUGCUAUGCCCACAUGACCACCCAUGGUGGUAGACUCAAGUGCCCUUGAACAACAACAACAAAUUAAAUCUCAUCAGCUAUAUGACUAUACAUGAAAUAAAAUUCAAUGAAACUUAGAUUUUAUGUUCUUUGGAUAUCCAAUAUUGUAAGAUCAAAUUCUGAAAGCGAACAAAAAGGAUAAAGGAGUACUACUGUUUAUAAUAAAAUAUAGUUCCCUA